UACUCUAAUUAUAACAUAUCAUUCCUCCAUCUUCAUAUUCUUGAUUCUCCCAAUUAUUCUCCCUUUAACCUAAACCCCAUUCUCCAUAUUCCUCAAUUCCAAAAAAUUCUUGGUACCCUUACCCCAAUUUUCUUGAGCCAUAGAUCAACCAUGAUGAUGCUGGUAAACUGUUCCAAUUGUCAUACCCCAUUACAGCUACCACCAGGUGCAAGAUCCAUUCGUUGUGCGAUUUGUCAGGCAGUAACACAGUUGGCUGACCCGCGUGCUGUUCCUCCACCACCACAUAAUCAAUACCAGCACCCACCACCGUCUUCCUCUGCCGCCGCCGCACCUCCGUCCCCUUACAACCACGCACCUCCUGGCCCACCACCCAAUGCUCAUGGAAGAAAGAAAGCUGUGAUUGUUGGUGUAUCGUAUAAGUAUUCUAGGCAUGAACUGAAAGGAUGCCUUAAUGAUGCUAAAUGUAUGAAAUAUCUCUUGAUCAACAAGUUUCAUUUUCCAGAGGCGUCUAUUCUUAUGCUUACUGAAGAGGAAACCGAUCCAUAUAGAACUCCGACUAAACAGAACAUGCGCAUGGCAUUGUAUUGGCUUGUACAGGGAUGCCAACCGGGAGAUUCACUACUCUUUCAUUAUUCUGGUCAUGGCUCAAGACAAAGGAAUUACAAUGGAGAUGAAGUGGACGGAUAUGAUGAAACUUUAUGUCCCCUAGAUUUUGAAACUCAGGGUAUGAUUGUUGAUGAUGAAAUCAAUGCAACAAUUGUCAGGCCUCUUCCUCAAGGAGUAAAACUUCAUGCCAUAAUAGAUGCUUGCCACAGCGGAACUGUUUUAGACCUUCCAUUCCUUUGUAGAAUGAGCAGGAGCGGACAAUAUGUAUGGGAAGACCAUCGUCCCCGUUCUGGUGUCUGGAAAGGAACUAAUGGUGGUGAAGUUUUCUCUUUUAGUGGUUGUGAUGAUGAUCAAACUUCAGCUGAUACAUCUGCUCUUUCAAAAAUAACUUCAACUGGUGCUAUGACUUUCUGUUUCAUUCAAGCUAUUGAGCGUGGUCAUGGUGCCACAUAUGGAAGUAUAUUGACGGCAAUGCGAAAUGCUAUUCGACAAGCUGGUGGAAGUUCAGGGGGUGACUUUGGUGGCGGUGCUGUCACAUCUCUCAUCUCCAUGCUUCUGACAGGUGGUAGUGUUGGUAUGGGUGGAGGAUUUAGUCAGGAGCCCCAGUUAACAGCUUGCCAGCCAUUCGAUGUGUAUGCGAAGCCAUUUUCAUUGUGAUACUCCUUCUGCCCUCGUUCCCCCUUUUGGUGUGUUUGCAUUUGGAUUUUUUGUAUAGAUAGAAAUUUCAUUGGGUCCUAUAAUAUGCUGCUUAUGCAUGAGAAUGCGAAUAGCUUAGCUUUCUGAUAGAAAGCUUUAUAAUGAAACUAUUGUCAAUAUAGCUGGCCUUUAACUGUUGCAAUAUCUA